UUUGAUUUGGUCACUGGCUAAGCCACUGUCGCUUUUGAAAUACGUUUGGGAGCUUUGGAGGUUUUCCAUUUCCAAUCUUUUUUCAUCGCCGUCAAUCUCUUGUUUUUUGUUCCAAAGGAUAUCCUUGCUUUGAGUAUUUACAACAGACACACACACAUCUCUCUCCUUUUCUUGCAUACCAGUAUGUACUUUCGCGCACUACAGACAACAGGUUCAAAAUGCCUGCGAGUAGGACGCUUGCAGUCGUCAACACCCUCCGCUGUAACCCUUCCCGUCUUCCGUCGCGGAUAUCACGAAAAAGUCAUUGACCACUAUGAGCGUCCUCGGAAUGUUGGCUCCUUUCCAAAGUCGAACCCCAAUGUCGGUACUGGACUGGUGGGAGCUCCUGCUUGUGGGGAUGUAAUGAAACUACAAAUAAUGGUGGACGACGCUACGGGGCAGAUUCAGGACGUCAAGUUCAAGACAUUUGGGUGUGGUUCCGCGAUUGCGAGCAGUUCGUUGGCCACAGAAAAGAUCAAGGGACUAAAGGUGUGGGACGCUGCCAAAAUCAAAAACACUGAAAUUGCGAAAGAACUAUCGUUGCCACCUGUGAAACUGCAUUGCUCAAUGCUAGCAGAAGACGCAAUCAAAUCCGCCGUGAAGGACUGGGAGGCUAAGAGGGCAGCACGGGGUCUGAAACCGUUGACAGCUUAGCCUUUUUCAUCCUCAUGUCAUUAUUAUCGGCGAGGACCAUGCCACUUUUUCUUGCACAUUGUAUAGUUUUGUAGUUUGUAGAAUAUAUCCUCGUUCAUGUUGAGCAGAUAAAUGGCGGGUUUUGGUGAGCUUUAAUAUAUUCAGAAAUGUGAAUUAUGCGUGGAUGAACUGUCAGA